CGUUCCCUCCCCUGAACUAACACUUGCCCCCUCCAACAUAUGGCAAGAUCCUGACCUAAGGACUUAUAACAUCCAAGCCAAAGCCCAGAGAUGGAAGCAGAUGAGACCACAGAAGAGCAAGAUACCACCACCAUCAUGGAUGCAAAAGAACACCCUUCAUCAAAAGACCCCUCUGUUGAAGACUUACAGGCACUCCCUACCUCUGAAACCCCCUUGGAGCCUUCUAUCUCCCAGAUCCCUUUAGAGCCCCUUGCUGCUGAAACCCCUUUAGAGUCCCACACCUCUAAACCCCCUUUGGUGCCAUCCCCUUCCCUGACCACUUUACUACCCCAAGCCUCUGAAAGUCCUCUGAAGCCUUCCAUUCCCAUGACCUCUUUCGAAAAGUCCAUCUCUGAUAUCCCUUUGGAAGCCCCUACCCCUGAGACUGACAUGUCUGAGGUCCCAGAGAAACACCUUAUUUUUCUGCCCGCAUCAGUAAAUCAUGCUUCUGUGUCUCCCUCUGAUGCUUUGAGGGAAAACCUCCUCUCUGAGUCUUCUUCCAAGGAGGUCCCAUGGAUGAAGGGGUCCUCUCACGCCCCUGAAUUUGAGCACCUUCCAGAGCACUCCCUUGCAGGCCCUUCAGCCCACAUAUACACGGACACAUCUGCAAAACAGCAGGAAGAGGCAGAAGAAGACAAGAACGUGGUGGGUACCAGUGACAUCACUGCUCACACAGCCCAGCCUGGACACCAGCCACGCAAGAAAAAGGGGAAGAAAGGAAUUAUCCGUUAUACAGGCCACUCAGUGGUCCCUACUAAGCAGGCAGAGCUGGUGGAGAUGGCUAAGGCAAUGCACAGAGAACAGUUUGGUGCUCAGGUGAAUCAUCUUUUCCAAUGGGAAAAGGAUGCAGCCCUGAAUGCCAUCCAGACAGGUCUCUAUAUUGGCUGGCGCUGUCCACAUUACCUAUGGGACUGUUACCGGAUUGGGGAUGAGUCCAAGUGCUUUUGUGGACACUUGCUGAAACAACACCAGAUCGUCUCAGAUAUAUCUGUGCCCUGCACUGUGGGCCAGUGCCGCUGCCUCAUAUUCUGCUUCAUCCCAUCACGCCCAGAGGAGGUGGGUGAGUUCUGGCUCAGGAGACGAGCCACCUUCAAUCCCAAGGCCUGGAGGGCCCAAUGUCGUUGCAAACACAGCCACGAAGACCACGCAGCCAAUGGAGCCCAUCCCUGCAGGCAUCAUGGCUGUUCUUGCAACUGUUUUGAGUCUAAUUUCCUCUGUGCGGCCUGUGACCGGCGCUGGGAGGAACAUGCGACUUUCUUUGAGACCGAGGAGACCCGACGACGAGGAGGGAGGCCUCAAGGAGCAGACUAUGUGCCUUUUGCUGAGAUGCCGGUCCUCCGAGAAGCCAUCAUCAACAACCCUAACUUUGAGGCCCUCCAGGUGCAGGGGCUUUCUGGUCAUUCUAGUUCCCAUCCAAGUCCCCCUGCACUUCCUGGCCCAUCUGGCCUCCAGCCUGGCCCCAAAUUUGACCCACAUACCUGACCCAUUCCCUUCUGUUCUUCCUUC